AUGACCUGCGCCGCGUGCGUUACAGCGGUUACCACCGCCGUCCAAUCCGCGAAAGGCGUGCGACGCGUCUCCGUCGCACUCGCCACCGAAACCGCGGAGAUCGCGUUCGAUUCCGCGAUUCUCGGCGUGAGAGACGCGUUGCGAUUGGUGGAAGAUGCCGGGUUCGACGCCGCGAUUCUCGGCACGGAUAGCGGGAGCGACAGGCUGAGCGUGACUGUAACGGGGAUGAGCGGCAGGGAUGACGUGGCAGCUGCGGUCGAAGUAGCGGUGUUAUCGGUGGCGGGAGUUAGGGAGGUAAGUGUAGAUUCUAGGAGCGGAUGGGUGGAGGUAGAAUACGACCCGGAAAUUACGGGGAUUAGGGACGUUGUGGGAGCUAUAGAGGCGAUUAGUCUGGUGGGGUUAGGGAUGGGUGGGGAGGAGGAAGAGGAGGAGGUUGAUGAUUGGUUGGGGGAGGAUGGGGAGGAGGGGAAGGGAGAGGAGGAAGGUAGUGAGGAGAGGCAAGGGGAAGGGAGAGAGGGAGAUGAAGAGGGAGUUAUGGAGGAGGGAGUGAAGGAGGAGAGUGGGGAAGAGGACGAGGAGAGGGAGAAGCUGGUCGGGCGAGGAAAGAAGCGGGGCCCGUGGGCAGAACGGGCCCAUGCACUCCUCCUCGCGACGCCCGUGCAGUUCCAUCUGGGCCGUCGAUUCUACAUCGCAGGGCUCAGAUCGCUCCGCCACGGCAGCGCGAAUAUGGACGUGCUGGUCGCCCUCGGGACCUCCGCGGCCUAUGGCUACUCUCUGCUGACCCUCGCGGUGCAGAUCGGUUCGGGGCGGUACUUAGGGCACGAUUUCUUCGAAACGUCUGUGAUGCUGAUAGUGUUUAUUCUGGGGGGAAAGUAUUUAGAAGCCGUGGCGAAGGGGAAAACGUCCGAGGCGAUUCAGAAGCUGCUGCAGCUGGCGCCCGCGACGGCCGUCUUGGUGGACGUGAAUGCAGACGGCAAGGUGGUGGCAGAGAGGGAGGUUGAUUCACGGCUACUGCAGAGAGGGGAUGUGCUGCGAGUGCUGCCGGGAGCGAGGGUGCCCACAGACGGUGUGAUUGUAACGGGCACCACGCAUGUGAACGAGUCCAUGCUCACGGGCGAGGCAGCACCUGUGGCCAAGGGGCCGGGGUUGCGCCUUCUGGGCGGCACAGUCAACCUGUCAGCACGAGUGUUACUGCGAGCCACUCAGGUGGGCAGCGAGACGGCUCUGGCGCAGAUAGUAGCACUGGUGGAGUCGGCGCAGCUCAGCAAGGCGCCCAUCCAGAAAUUCGCCGACCGCGUGGCAGCGGUGUUUGUGCCCGUGGUGGUGGUGCUGUCAGCAUGCACAUGGUUCUGCUGGUUCAUGGCUGGGAGCAUGGGGUGCAUUUCAUCCGCCAUGCUUCCCCCGGGGGUAGACUCGCAGUUCACCCUCCCGCUCCUCUUCGCUAUCGCCGUACUCGUUAUAGCGUGCCCCUGCGCGCUUGGAUUAGCCACCCCCACGGCAGUCAUGGUCGCAACGGGCACGGGAACGCUGACAGUGGGGAAACCGAGUGUGGUAGCAGUGGUGCCUUAUGUUGGUGGUUUCGGGUGUGCUACUAGCGAGGGGCACUGUGCUACUAACGAGGGGUGUGAUAAUGAGGCCAUAUCUCAAGCCGAGCUGCUAUCCCUAGCAGCGGCAGCAGAGGCAAAUUCCGAACACCCGCUCGGGCGGGCGAUUUUGGACUAUGCGCAGCACUAUUUCGUCUUUUCCGGGGAAGGUUUUACUGGGGACGAGACUACCACUCCUUUCUCCUCCUCCCCCUCCUCCACCUGCUCCUCUCUCUCCCCUUCUGCUGCAUCGUCUCUCAAACCUUCCAAGGAUGUGAGCUGGAUGAAAGAAGCCACAGAGUGUGAGGUGCUAGCAGGGAUGGGAAUCCGAUGCAGGGUGGAUGGUCAGGUGGUUCUGGUGGGUAGCCGGCACCUGAUGGAACACCUGGGCGUUCAGGUGCCUGCCCAGGUGGAUCUUCUGUUGCAGGCGCAGGAGGAGGAGGCGCGGACAGGUGUCAUCGUGGCAGUGGGCGGCAGGCAGGGAGGGGGCGAGGCGGAGGGGAGUGGGAGGGAGGAGGGGAGAGGAGUGAGGGAGGAGAGAGUGAGGGUGGUGGGGAGCGUGGUGAUUAGUGAUCCGGUGAGGAGGGAGGCUGCAGUGGUGGUGGAGGGGCUGAGGCGCAUGGGUGUGCGCGCUGUGAUGAUGACAGGGGACAACCGCCGCACUGCCCAUGCCGUGGCGAGACAGCUGGGCAUCCACGAAGUGAUAGCAGAGGUGCUGCCGGCCCACAAAGCAGCCGCCAUUCGCUCGCUGCAGAUGGCGCCUCCCCCACUCGACCCUGCGCCCGGCAGCAACAGAAGCUGCUGCGGGUGCGGGUGUUGGUGCUGGUUGAUGUCUCGUGUGGGGCAUGUCCUUGGCUGGGGCGAUUCUGCCUGCUGCUCCACAUGUGCCGCUGCUGCCUCCUCUGCUGCUGCCGCUGUGGGUUUGAGUGGGAGUGAGAGCAAGACAGUGGUGGCGAUGGUGGGGGAUGGGAUAAAUGAUGCGCCGGCCCUGGCUGCAGCUGAUGUUGGUAUUGCAAUUGGUGCCGGCACGGACGUCGCUAUUGAGGCGGCAGAUUUUGUCCUCAUGCGGUCGAAUCUGGAGGAUGUGAUUACAGCGCUGGAUCUGGCGAGGAAGACUUUUUCGCGGAUCAGAUGGAAUUAUGUUUUCGCGAUGGGGUAUAAUGUUUUGCUGAUUCCGUUGGCGGCCGGGGUGCUGUAUCCGGUGUUUAUGGUGCGGCUGCCGCCCUGGCUGGCCGGCGCAAUGAUGGCGCUUUCGUCUGUUAGCGUGGUGUGCUCGUCUCUUAUGCUGCGGAUGUACCGCCGCCCGAAGCUGCCCGAGCUGCUGUUUGGGAAGAUGAAGAAAGGGGGGAGUGGUGUGUUGAGACAAUAA